AUGAGACCUACUCUUGAAUACGACUCCCCAGCAUGGGAUCCUUACCUGGAAAAUGAGAAGGAGAAAUUAGGAAAGAUCGAAACGGGACUCGUUCCUGAGCUGAAGGGAUUGAGCUAUGAGGAAAGCCAUCAACCACAGCUUGACCACAUUCCCUCCACCUGCUACUUCACUAACCAUCAACCUCAGCUUGACCACAUUCCCUCCACCUGCUACUUCACUAGCCAUCAACCACAGCUUGACCACAGUCCCUCCACCUGCUACUUCACUAGUCAUCAAUCACAGCUUGACCACAUUCCCUCCACCUGCUACUUCACUAGUCAUCAAUCACAGCUUGACCACAGUCCCUCCACCUGCUACUUCACUAGUCAUCAACCACAGCUUGACCACAUUCCCUCCACCUGCUACUUCACUAGUCAUCAACCACAGCUUGACCACAUUCCCUCCACCUGCUACUUCACUAGUCAUCAAUCACAGCUUGACCACAUUCCCUCCACCUGCUACUUCACUAGUCAUCAAUCACAGCUUGACCACAGUCCCUCCACCUGCUACUUCACUAGUCAUCAACCACAGCUUGACCACAUUCCCUCCACCUGCUACUUCACUACCCAUCAACCACAGCUUGUCCACAUUCCCUCCACCUGCUACUUCACUAGUCAUCAACCACAGCUUGACCACAGUCCCUCCACCUGCUACUUCACUAGUCAUCAACCACAGCUUGACCACAGUCCCUCCACCUGCUACUUCACUAGUCAUCAACCACAGCUUGACCACAGUCCCUCCACCUGCUACUUCACUACCCAUCAACCACAGCUUGACCACAUUCCCUCCACUUGCUACUUCACUAGCCAUCAACCUCAGCUUGACCACAUUCCCUCCACCUGCUACUUCACUAGUCAUCAAUCACAGCUUGACCACAUUCCCUCCACCUGCUACUUCACUACCCAUCAACCACAGCUUGUCCACAUUCCCUCCACCUGCUACUUCACUAGUCAUCAAUCACAGCUUGACCACAUUCCCUCCACCUGCUACUUCACUAGUCAUCAAUCACAGCUUGACCACAGUCCCUCCACCUGCUACUUCACUAGUCAUCAAUCACAGCUUGACCACAUUCCCUCCACCUGCUACUUCACUACCCAUCAACCACAGCUUGUCCACAUUCCCUCCACCUGCUACUUCACUAGUCAUCAAUCACAGCUUGACCACAUUCCCUCCACCUGCUACUUCACUAGUCAUCAAUCACAGCUUGACCACAGUCCCUCCACCUGCUACUUCACUAGUCAUCAACCACAGCUUGACCACAUUCCCUCCACCUGCUACUUCACUAGUCAUCAACCACAGCUUGACCACAUUCCCUCCACCUGCUACUUCACUAGUCAUCAAUCACAGCUUGACCACAUUCCCUCCACCUGCUACUUCACUAACCAUCAACCUCAGCUUGACCACAUUCACGGACUGAAACUCUACGGUCACUACUCACACAAAUCAUCUAGACAUUACAAGCAACAGUGUUAG